GCAGUGUAUUUCUACCGGGUCCUGCGGGCGGAGCAGCCUCACUUCUCUGAUCACUUUCAGAUCCACACUCCAGCUUUGUUACAACUUACCUUAGUCGAGACGAUGGCAAAUUACGAAGAAGUGAACGUGCAUGGGUAUGACGAGUUUUGCAAGGCUGUGUCGGAGAGGAAAGGAAAGGAUAUUUUUGUUUAUUUUUCAGGCGAUAAAGACGCUCAGGGGAAGAGCUGGUGUCCAGACUGUGUCAAAGCUGAGCCAGUGGUGAGAGGAGAGAUGAGUCACCUUCCGGAGGGCUCCGUCUUCAUCUACUGCCAAGUUGGAGAAAGAGCUUACUGGAAAGAUCCCAGUAACGACUUCAAGAAGACACUAAAACUGAGCGGAGUUCCCACUCUGCUACGAUACGGCACACCUCAGAAACUGGUGGAGGAAGAGUGCUUCAAAGCAGACCUGGUGAAAAUGAUGUUCACUGAAGACUGAAGGAAUUACACUCUGCUCCCAUCAACCAUGAAGAAUCCAUCAGCUGUUCCACCAUUAAAUCCCAGCAUUGCUUCAGUAGUGAAUAUUUAUAACUCUCACUGUGAUUUGAUACAAAUGAGCACCUGUUGAAGUUUGCAGCCUAUAUACGUAAUCAACAUUUCUUGUAAUGAAGUUCGUCUUGUAUGAGAUCAUACACCAAACGGAACAUCUUUCACACACUCUGUAGAUGCUGUCAUAUUUGUGCAAUUAGUUCAAUGCUGAAGCGUAAUUUUAAGUGUCGCAAUUUUACUGUUGUACACCAGUUACUUUUUUUCCCACUUGUCUUUUGUUACCUUUCAAUAAAGUGAGGCUGAAUA